UACUUUGUCCUUCUCGCCCCUCUCUGUCUUCAUUCCUCUUUCCUCUUCUCUCUCUCUCUCUCCCUCUCUCUCUCUCAAAGUUUAAGCAGCUAACUACAUCUCGUCAUGGUUGUGAUAAGAUCACUCCUCUUCCUUCUACUUUCACUCCUCUCCUUCUCCUCUUAUGCAAGAGGAGCCAAUUAUCGAAAUGGGCCCCUCGUGAGCCCAGCAAAGCUCGAGAUGUUCGUCGACGAGCUCCCCCGCAUGCCCACCGUCCACGGCUACGGCGUCGGAGACGGCGGUCCCGUCACCGCCCAUCUCACCAUCGGCAUGUAUCUGAAAACUUGGAAAUUCCACCGGGACCUCCCUCCGACGCCUGUCUACGCCUUCGGCACCUCCAAGGCCACGGCCACCGUCCCUGGCCCCACCAUCGAAUCGAUCCAGGGCGUCGCCACCCACAUCACGUGGGAGAACCACCUCCCCUCCCGCCACAUCCUCCCCUUCGACCGCACAAUCCUGAUUGCCAACCCCGAGGGUGGAGGCAUCCCCACCGUCGUCCACCUGCAUGGCGGAGUUCAUCCUCCGGCGGGCGAUGGCAAUCCUCGAGCAUGGUUUACGUCUGGGUUUAAAUCGAAGGGGCCAGCUUUCGUGUCUCCCACUUCUGUUUAUCCCAACGUUCAGGAGCCGGGAAAUCUAUGGUAUCACGACCAUGCAAUGGGCCUGACCAGAGUAAACAUCCUGGCCGGCCUGCUCGGCUCCUACGCCAUCCGAAACCCCUCCGUCGAGUCUGCCCUCGGCCUCCCCUCCGGCCCUGACCUCGACCGCACCCUCAUCGUCUUCGACCGCUCAUUCCGCACCGAUGGCUCCCUCUUCCUCAACGCCACUGGCAACAACCCCUCCAUCCACCCUCAAUGGCAGCCCGAGUACUUCGGCGACGCCAUCAUCGUCAACGGGAAAGCCUGGCCGUACCUCAAGGUCGCACGUCGCAGGUAUCGGUUUCGCAUCAUCAACGCGAGCAACGCGCGGUACUUUAGGUUCUUCUUCGAUAACGGUCUCCAGUUCGUGCACAUUGGGUCGGAUUCCAUGUACUUGCACCAGACUGUCACUUCGACGAACUUCCUCCUUGCUGCGUCAGAGACUGCAGAUGUCAUUGUCGAUUUCUCAAAAUCGACAAAAGAUACGGCUAUCCUUUCAAACAAUGCUGCGUAUCCUUAUCCGUCUGGUGAUCCCACCGAUGAAUUCAAUGGCAAAGUGAUGAAGUUCAUAAUUGACAAAAAGAAGGCAAAGGACGAUACAAGAAUCCCGAAAAGGCUGAUGCGGUACCCUCCACCUGCCGUGCACCGCGCAGUAGAAACCCGAUACAUCACAAUGUAUGAGUACACGAGCAAAACAGACGAGCCGACGCACUUCUCACUGAACAACAAAACCUAUGAGGACCCGAUCACUGAGAAACCAAAAUCCGGUACCAGCGAAAUCUGGCACGUGAUCAAUCUCACGGAUGACAAUCACCCGUUGCACGUGCAUCUAGGGCUCUUCACGGUCCUCGAUCAACAAGAAAUCUUGGACCUCGACGAGUUUAAGGAUUGCAUGGAGAAGAAGAACAACGCGAAUGCGUGCAGAUGGAAGGAACACGUUAAGAGGAAGAGGGUGCAGGUGCCCAAGUACGAGAGAGGGUGGAAGAAUGUGUUCAAGAUGAUGCCGGGUUAUGUCACGAGGAUAUUGGUUCGGUUUUCGAUGUUUGGGUCGUCGGAUGCGGAGGCGGGUUACCCGUUUAACGCAACAGGCGAACCCGGUUACGUUUACCAUUGCCAUAUAUUGGAUCAUGAGGACAAUGUGAUGAUGAGGCCCUUUAUGCUUGUGCCUUAAAGAGGAUAAAAAGUUCAGAGAGUAAGCAAAGUGAGCUACACGAGUGAUACUAGUGGCUGAGUCCUGUACAUUGAAAAAAAUCUCAUUGUUGCAAUUUGGUUUUGGCUUGUUUUGAAUUUUGUUUGAAUAAAGAAUACAAGGAUUCAACGGAGGUAAAGAAUAUUUUGCUACCUUGUGCAA